CGGACGGAACGGAAGUUUGGGUUUUCGGCGGCUGUGGCGUGUUUGGUGCUCGGUGCUGACCGGCCGGAGAGAGCUGAACACACGGAGCCCCGGCCAGGAUACCGGCAGAUUAACCCCACACCGUGCGGGGACUGGGAGCGUUCCCCUGGUUUGAAAAAUGACUACCGGAGCAGAUGUACGGGAUAUUUUGGAGCUGGGUGGUGGAGAAUCAGAGAGCACCGGAAUAAUCAGCAAAAAGGACAUUAUCAAUGCAGACAAGAAACGAUCCAAGAAAUCGUCAGAAACUCUGACUUUUAAAAGGCCUGAGGGGAUGCACCGGGAGGUGUACGCUCUGCUUUAUUCAGACAAAAAGGAUGGUCCCCCUCUGCUACCAAGCGACACCACUCAAGGUUACCGCACUGUGAAGGCAAAGCUGGGUUGUAAGAAGGUACGGCCGUGGAAAUGGAUGCCAUUCACUAACCCAGCCAGAAAGGAUGGAGCAAUUUUCUACCACUGGCGACGGGCAUCGGAGGAAGGAAAGGAUUACCCGUUUGCCAGGUUCAACAAGACUGUGCAGGUUCCAGUGUACUCUGAGCAGGAGUAUCAGAUGUACUUACACGAUGAUGGCUGGACUAAGGCCGAAACAGACCAUCUCUUUGACCUUUGCCGACGAUUUGACCUUCGCUUCAUUGUCAUCCAUGACCGAUAUGACCACCAACAGUUUAAGAAAAGGUCAGGCGAGGACUUAAAAGAUCGUUAUUACGGGAUCUGCGCUAAGCUGGCAAACAUUCGUGCCACUCCAGGAACAGAACUUAAAAUACCCGUAUUUGACGCGGGACACGAGAGGCGGAGAAAGGAGCAGCUGGAGAGACUGUACAGCAGAACGCCGGAGCAGGUGUCAGAAGAGGAGUACCUUAUCCAAGAGCUAAGGAAAAUCGAGAGCCGAAAGAAGGAACGAGAGAAGAAAGCCCAGGACCUGCAGAAACUCAUCACGGCAGCCGACACGACCACAGAGCUACGGCGGGCUGAGCGCAGAGCCACCAAAAAGAAACUGCCGCAGAAAAAGGAAACCGAGAAACCUGCUGUACCAGAAACUGCUGGCAUAAGGUUUCCUGAUUUCAAAUCAGCGGGCGUCACACUGCGCAGUCAAAGGAUGAAGCUGCCGAGCUCAGUUGGACAGAAGAAGAUUAAAGCUCUGGAUCAGAUGCUAACGGAACUGGGAGUAGAUCUCAAUCCAAUGCCAACUGAGGAGAUUGUUCAAAUGUUCAACGAGCUACGAAGUGACCUUGUGCUGCUGUAUGAGCUGAAACAAGCAUUCUCCAACUGCGAGUACGAGCUGCAGAUGCUGCGACAUCGAUUCGAAGCCCUCUCCAAAACAGGCAGCAGCAGCACCACCGCUAGUGUAGACGGGUCGGUGGGUGACAGUCAGAUGGUCCUAAGCACAGACGAGAUUAAGACAGAAGCAAAAGAUCACAUAAUUGAUGUUGUUGGAGCACCACUGACGCCCAAUUCGAGAAAACGCAGAGAAUCCGCUUCCAGUUCGUCGUCCGUGAAGAAGAUGAAAAAGCCUUGAGCUUCUCUGGAAGAUUUGAGAUUGUGUGAAACGUCGACAUUACGGACUAUCCAGAGUUUGGGGACCGGCCAGAAGGGCCGUGAGGAGACCCUGACAUUCUAAGUCUGUGUAAAUAGAUUUUUUUUUAUUUUAAUGUUUGUGCUUUGAAACCAAGCUUACCAUGAAAAUAAAUA